GGUGCACUGGGAGGGACAUGUGCCUUUUACAGCCCGGGAUAAAGUCCUCCAGUGAUUUGAGCCCAGGCAGCAUGUGCUGACUGCAGCUGCUACUCUGCUGGAUCAGCCUUGCCCAAGUGCCAGCCUCUCCAGGGUCCCGGCCCCUCCAUGGUCCCAGCCCUGCCAUCUUCUCACCAUCCCACAGGCAUGCAGAGAGUCUGGCUGCUGCUGCUGCUGGGCCUGAGGCUACGGCUCUCCCUCAGCAUCAUCCCAGUUGAGGAAGAGGACCCAGCCUUCUGGAACCGCCAGGCAGCCCAGACCCUGGACACCGCCAAGAAGCUGCAGCCCACCCAGACGGCCGCCAAAAACCUCAUUCUCUUCUUGGGGGACGGUAUGGGGGUGUCCACGGUGACAGCCGCUCGGAUCCUAAAGGGGCAGAAGAAUGGCAAGCUGGGACCAGAGACCCCCCUGGCCAUGGACCAAUUCCCAUACUUGGCUCUGUCCAAAACGUACAACGUGGACAGAAACGUGCCAGACAGUGCAGGCACGGCCACGGCCUACCUGUGCGGGGUCAAGGCCAACUACCAGACAAUUGGUGUGAGUGCGGCAGCCCGCCUUAACCAGUGCAACACAACUCGUCGCAAUGAGGUCACCUCCGUGAUGAACCGGGCGAAGAAAGCAGGGAUGUCAGUGGGGGUGGUGACGACAAUGAGGGUGCAGCAUGCCUCGCCAGCCGGCACCUACGCACACACGGUGAACCGCAACUGGUACUCCGACGCCGACAUGCCUGCCCAGGCUCUGAAGGAGGGCUGCCAGGACAUCGCCGCACAGCUCGUCUCCAACAUGGACAUUGACGUGAUCCUUGGUGGAGGCCGCAAGUACAUGUUUCCCAAGGGAACCCCAGACCCUGAGUACCCAGAUGAUGCCGCACAGAAUGGAAUCAGGAUUGACAAUCGGAACCUGGUGCAAGAGUGGCAAGCCAAGCACCAGAGUGGCCGGUAUGUGUGGAACCGAACGCAGCUCAUUCAGGCGUCAGAGGACCCCUCUGUAACACACCUCAUGGGCCUCUUUGAGCCAAAAGACAUGAAGUUUGAGGCAUACCGAGACCCCACGCAGGACCCAUCCCUGACGGAGAUGACAGAGGCGGCCUUGCGCCUGCUGAGCAGGAACCCCCGUGGCUUCUACCUCUUCGUGGAGGGCGGCCUCAUCGACCAAGGUCAUCAUAGAAGCAGAGCUUACCUGGCUCUGACCGAGGCUGUCAGUUUCGACGAUGCCAUUGACAGGGCCAGCCAGCUCACAAACGAGAAGGACACGCUGACCCUUGUCACCGCUGACCACUCUCACGUCUUCACUUUCGGUGGCUACACACUACGUGGGAGCUCCAUUUUCGGCCUGGCUCCAGAGGUGGCCGGAGAUGGCAAGGCCUACACCUCCCUCCUUUAUGCCAAUGGCCCAGGCUUCGCCAUCAGCAAUGGCUCGCGGCCCGAUGUCAACGACAGUCAGAGCAGUGACCCCGAGUACAGUCAGCAGACAGCCGUGCCCCUGUCGUCCGAGACCCACGGCGGAGAGGAUGUGGCGGUGUUCGCGCGUGGCCCGCAGGCGCACCUGGUGCACGGCGUGCAGGAGCAGAGCUUCGUAGCGCACGUCAUGGCCUUUGCCGCCUGCCUGGAGCCCUACACUUCUUGUGGCCUGGCGCCCCCCGGCGCCACCCCCGCAUCCCCCACUGCUGGCCCCACUACCCGCCCCACCGACGCCGCGCACCCCGGGCCGGCCGCAGGCGCGUCCCUGACUCUGCUGGCCGGAGCCCUGCUGCUGCUGCUUGGGGCUAACGUGCCCUGAGGGCCCCCAGCCCCCGCCUCCACAGGGUCCCCACCCCUACUGAGCCCCACACCAU